AUGCCCCAGCCCGCCAACGGCCGGCUCCACGAUGAGCACACCCCGCUCAUCGGGCGCACCCAGAAUUAUGAAGACGAGUCGCGCGUCAAGACUAUGCCCAAGCAUGUAUUGCAUUUGAUCUACGCGACACUCGCCAGCAACUACGUCAACGUCUUCCUCGUCUUCGUGCCGCUCGGCAUCAUCGCCGGCGCAUUGCACUGGAACCCUACCGUCGUCUUCGUCCUCAACUUCAUCGCUAUUAUCCCUCUUGCUGCCCUCCUGAGUUUCGCGACUGAGGAGCUAUCCGCUAAGCUUGGCCAAACUCUUGGUGGUUUGAUGAAUGCGACAUUUGGAAAUGCCGUCGAACUCAUUGUCUCUAUCGUUGCGCUCAAGCAGGGCGAAAUCCGAAUUGUCCAAGCCAGCAUGCUGGGCAGUAUUCUGUCCAACAUCCUUCUUGUGCUCGGAUGCUGCUUCCUCGCCGCGGGCCUGACUCAACACGAGAGCCGAUUCAACGAGACCGUCGCAUCUACCAUGUCAUCGCUCAUGGCCGUCGCAUCCGCCUCGCUCAUCAUCCCCGCCACCCUCUACGCUGUCAUGCACGGUGACAACAAGAAGGACAACCUCGAGACUGACAAGAACAUCCUGGUCCUCUCCCACGGCACUGCCAUUAUCCUGCUCAUUCUCUACAUCCUAUACCUCUACUUCCAGCUCUACUCUCACCACAGCCUCUUCGCUGAUGUCGAGAACCAAGAGGGUGGCGGUGAGGAGGAGGAGGCUCAGAUCUUGUCUCCCGUCGCUGCCGGUGUUGCGCUCGUGAUCGUUACCGUCCUUGUCGCUGUAUGCGCCGAGUUCCUCGUUGAUAGUAUCGACUCGAUUGUUGAAUCCGCCCACAUCAGCAAAACAUUCGUUGGUUUGGUCUUGAUCCCGAUUGUCGGAAACGCCGCCGAGCACGUCACCGCCGUCAUCGUUGCAUACAAGGGCAAGAUGGACCUCGCUAUCAACGUCGCCAUUGGAUCUUCCAUGCAGAUCGCUCUCUUCGUCACUCCCUUCCUUGUCAUCCUCGGCUGGAUCAUGGGUCAGCCCAUGACGCUCCACUUCCAGGGCUUCGAGACCAUGAUUUUCUUCAUCUCGGUCUUGAUCGUCAAUUACCUCAUCCAGGACGGAAAGAGCAACUACCUCGAGGGCGCCAUGUGCAUUGGCAUCUACGCCAUAAUCGCGCUUGCGUUCUACAUCUACCCCGACAACGCAGCUGGCGACAUCACCGUCGAUGUUGUCAAGCGCUUCUUCGCCUCCACCUAG